AUGGCGCCAUUGAUGAGCUAUGACAUAAGCUCCCCUGUUUCAGUGGCAUCGUUUCCAGACCAGCAGCUUCUUGGAGCUAACUCAGACGGCUUGCUCGUUCCGCAAAUGUUCGAAAUCGAGACCGGCUUUUCUAAUUUUGAUAAUUACCAACAAUAUGAUGAUCAUCAAGUGUUUGAGCCUGGUGAAGAUUGCAUUGGCUUGGUGCCAAGACUAGCUUACAAUAAUGAUAUUCAUCACAAACUCAUGCCUGCUCAGAAUUGGUCAUUACAAGGGAAUCAAAUUAUAACGAAAGCAGAAGAGAGUGAAGUGAAGGUCGGAAGGUACUCGGCUGAAGAAAAAAAGGACAGAAUUCUCAGAUACCUCAAGAAAAAAAAUCAAAGGAAUUUUAACAAGACAAUCAAGUACGCAUGUCGCAAAACGUUAGCGGACAAGCGUGUUCGUGUCCGUGGCCGGUUUGCCAAGAACAAUGAUCAACCUUCUGAAGACGAACUUGUGAUGGACACGAGCCAAAAUAAUUUAUCUUUCGAGGAUUGUUUGCAGAUGAAAUACGAGGAGGAUUGUUGGUUGCAAGCAGCUAUGGCAAAUCUUAUGCACUCGCCUUAUUGCUAA